AUGCGCGCUAAAGAGGUGCCUAUUGAAGCUCGAGGCAGGGUCAAUACCAGCACCGGACGAGGGAAACGAGAGGCCGAAGCCGAGGCUGAGGCUGAAGUCCUCGAAGCACGCGGGAGGUUCGGGAGUAAAGCAGAUGACGUUCCACGGGAUGCAGAUGUGGAGACCGUCAAGCGGGCUAUCGGGUUUCCGAAAGGUGGCUCGACCAGACGACGUCGAGAUGCCGAGCCCAUCAAGUUCAGCAGCUGUGGUGGUAAUCGACGAGACGCCGGGCCGAUCAAAUUCAGCAGCUGUGGUGGUAAUCGACGAGAUGUGGAUGCAGACACCGACGACAGCUACCGACGUGAAGCUGAACCGAUCAGGAUCAGCGGCUCUCGUGGUGGUCAUCGACGAGAGGCCGAGCCCAUUGCUCAAUCUAUGAAGAAUCCAGGAGGAGGCCCCAAACGCCGCGAUGCUGCUGCCCAGCCUGGAAGACUUGACAUCGGCAAAGGUUAUGAUCGACGAGAUGCGGAUGCAGAGGCCAUCGAUCGAUCCAUCGGAGUUCCAGAAGGUACCUCGGACACCGAUGGCGUCGCUGUUUCCAACGAGGCCUUGGCUGACCGUGGUCGCCUUGUCACAUGGCCUCGCACACGCGAAGUUGAGGCAUCGAACGACGUGGUUGCGCGUGGAAAGGGAGUGCCAUGGACUCCCAAGCGCGAUGCUGAGGCAAUCAAGAUCAACAGCCCUGGCGGCCAUCGACGAGAAGCCGAGCCCAUCAAACAAACUCUCGGACUCCCAGCAGGUGGUUCGGACACCGACGGUCUCGCUAUAUCGAACGCGGCCCUGGCCGAGCGAGGUCACAGUGUCCCAUGGGGAGGCAAGCGCGCCGCCGAGCCGGCAGACGACUUGGCCGAGCGAAAUCGUGGCUCGCGCUGGGGUGGACGCAAGCGUGGCCUUAUAAGACACCCUGGAGGUUCUCCUAAGAGGGGCCUUACCCCAGGUCGCGGCGACUACCCUCGGGAUGCCGCCCCCCUCAGAGUUGCACUAGGUGGCUGCCGUCGGGAUGCUGCUGCCCAGCCUGGGAGAAUCGGCACGGGCAUAACCUGCGGCCGACGAGAUGCUGCUGCAGAGCCCAUCGAGGCCCGCCAGAGAAUGAGCGCAAGUACUGGUCGUGGCCGCUGA